UUCUUUAGAUAUGCCACCGUGAUGGAAUCAUUCAUUUCUGGGACGGGGCUAAACGCCGGGACGUGGACGAAAGAGGGCGAUCGAAGCGAAGCAAUUGUUUCUCGUCGCUUGCUGAUAUCGUUGCCAUAUCAAUCGGCUUCCUCUGCAAGUCGCCUUCAUUUGUUCUUGGGAGAACCUCGUCGUUUUCCCGUUCGACCAUCCAUGUCUCCCUCCUUCUGACUCAGGUUGCAUAUGGCACAUAUAUUUCAAAAUCAAGCUGGUCCUUCAACGAAUAUAUUAAGCUGUCAUGAGAAUGAUACUAAGGAUGAUAGGACGAUUGCACUCAUUCUCUCAGAAGAAUAUGCCAACUUAGACAAUGAAAUUGCUAGACGCCUUUCCAAUUUGCCUUCGGUGCCGCAUGUGCCACGAGUAAAUACAUUCUUCCCAAGCUUUAGUGAUGCCAGUCUAGAUCACCAACGGCUCCUUCAGAGAUUAAAUGCUUAUGGCCUAUACGAAGUUAGGGUCUCAGGUGAUGGCAAUUGUCAGGUAUCUAGUUGGUACAUUUUUAAAGUGAAUACAUAUGAUCUAGGAAGACUCAAUGGACCUACUGACAUUCUCUACAUAUCGAAGUUUCGUGCACUCUCAGAUCAGCUUUACAGGUCUUCAGAAUAUCACAAGCAUGUUCGGAAAGAGAUAGUGAAGCAGCUUAAAGAAUUCCCCCUGUAUUAUGAAGGAUAUGUACCCAUGAAGUACAAGCGUUAUUAUAAGAAAAUGGCCAAAUCUGGUGAAUGGGGAGAUCAUGUUACCUUACAAGCUGCAGCCGAUAAGUUUCAAGCAAAAAUAUGUCUUCUAACUUCAUUCAGAGAUAUGUGUUUUGUUGAGAUUGUGCCACAAAAUCAGGCUCCUCAAAGAGAGCUAUGGCUGAGUUUCUGGUCCGAGGUGCACUAUAAUUCUAUCUACCAACUACGAGAUCUUCCUCUGCAACGCAGGCCUAAAAAGAAGCAUUGGCUAUUCUAAGUUCUCCCUGUGUACAUUAAAGUUAGCUGGUUUUGAUUUUUCAUAUAAUGUGCCUUUUCAAUUCGUUUAAUGUUCAUCUACAGAUUAUAUUUUUUUUAAAAUUUGUACGAUGACACUGGUAAUAUCAAUGGCAUUCUUUAUAAUCAUCCAUGUUUAAUUUUGUA